AUCCGUACUUAAAGAACUAACACACGGAGAAACUUUAAUUGAGACUUACUGUUGUUCGAAUUAAGACUAGUGAGCUGACUAACGAAAAACCUUCACGAAAAACAACUACUCCAUUUGCUUCGCUUCGUUGAAUAUGACGACUACUCUUGGUUUGCUACGGUUUUCCAUACUUCUAUCAGCUCUCUGCUUGUCCUCAGUAACGACAAACUGCCCAUCCCUCAACUACGAGAGAAACAGUUUCUUCGUCAACAGUGACGUCAUAUACGACCAUUUGCUGGCCCACAGCACGUUCCUCGUCACCACGACCAUCAAUGAAGUGGAAUGCUUCAGAGAAUGUCACCAGAACUGUAGCUGCUUGUCCAUGAAUUAUCUCAAGGGAGGACAACAAAACAACUGCCUACUCAACAACUCGACCGAGAAGAUGAGCCCAGAGCUUCUUCAGUUCAGAGUCUCUUGGAAAUAUUACCAUUUUGUAAGAGAGAACAUGGGUAAUAUUAGCAGUAAUACUGGCUGUCUCAACGGAUGCUGCCGAAAUAAUCCUUGUGUUCACGGAGGCACGUGUACAGAGCUCUGCGCCAACCAGAAAAGACGUUUCCAAUGCAAGUGUAAGAAUCGCCGCUACACUGGACAUCGCUGUGAGAUUUACAAGCCAAGAAGCUGUGCUGACUUGAAAGAAGAUGGAAUAUCCAAAAAUCGAUGGUUUGAAGUCUACCUCACAUCAAAUAGUGUUGGGACCAUGGUGUACUGUGAUUUCAGAUCCAGUGACAACAUCACGUGGACAAUGGUGCUAUCAUUUGGUGUUCAUCCUUUUGGAGGUUAUGAUGCAUGCAAGAAUCUUAAACAGGAUAGGAAGAUAAAAUAUUCCUUCUAUCAGCAUAAUAUUGGUUCAUCAGAAAAACUAGCUCUUCGUAAACGAUCCCCUCACUGGAGAGUAACCUGUGAAUACGAUAAACACCACACGGUCUUUGAUAAUUACAUUGUAGCAAAAUUUGACCACAUCGAUCUCACAUCGUUGCCAAAUGGUGUUCAGUGUAAAAGAUUCGAAGAAAUUAAUGUCUUGAAAACAAAAUGUACCAAUUGCUCAGCAACAGUCGUAAGAGAUUGUACAAGAUAUCAGUAUUUUGCUCUUUUGAGUGAGAGGAGUAUGGUACCAAAUUGCACGACGAAUAUAUCCUUCACGGAAAGUUAUUUUGGUAAUGCUUAUUACUAUAUUUUUCAAAAUCCUCUUUUUCCGUGCAACCGAUAUAGAAACUCAACCACUCAGUAUUGGUUCGGAUCACAGUAAAGCUCCCAUUGUGAUAAGAUAGUACCUUAUACCAAUGUAAUGGUUAGAUAGCGUAGUACCUUAUACCAAUGUAAUGGUUAGAUAGCGUAGUACCUUAUACCAAUAUAAUGGUAAAAUAUCGUAGUACCUUAUACCAAUGUAAUGGUUAGAUAGCGUAGUACCUUAUACCAAUAUAAUGGUAAAAUAUCGUAGUACCUUAUACCAAUGUAAUGUAAGAUAUCAUAGUACCUUGUAACAAUGUAAUAGUAAGACAUCGUAGUACCUUAUAUCAAUGUAAUGGUAAGAUAUCAUAGUACCUUAUAUCAAUGUAAUGUAA